CAAAGCUCUUGUUGGCAAUGAAUUCAAAUCAGGCCAAAAGUAAAUUUCAGUUGCAGCGCACAGGAAAGAAUGCUCACAGAAGUCAUGCUGUGGAAUUCCCUGUUUUUAAUGUGACUUUCACUCCCUCUCCUACAGUACUGUUGCUCGGAGGAGGUGGUGGAGCUACAAAGGCUGGCAUCAAAAAUGCUGUGAUGCUAAUGGAAGUCCAGCCAAAAGAUCUAGGCCUGGUUACUAUAUCCGAACAUCGUUUUCAAAAGGAUGAUGAUGGGUGCAUGAAUAUCUCUAUCCAUCCAAAGGAAAAGGCAUUUGUUGCAGCAGUAAAUAGUCCAGAGGCUGAUGUUAUUUCUGGAAAUAAUCGUAACUGUCGAUCGUUCUACAUCACCAAAUCUGGACUAAAACCUGGAAAGAGAAUCAAGACCAGUGAUUCAUUAGAUGGAUUUAUUCAUCAGAAAUCUGCAAGAUUUAGUCCAAAUGGAAAGCAACUUUGCACAGGAACUACAGAUGGAAAACUGUCAUUUCUUUCAUGGCCUACUUUAAAACCACUUAUGCCAGUACAAGAACUAUCAGGUGAAAUUAUCGAUAUCCAUUUUGAACCGAGUGGUGGCAUUAUUGGUGUUGUCACUCCUGGAGCCAUUCGAUUUAUCAAUGCAGCAAAAGGAAAUACAGUUUGGGAGCAGCCCAAGCCUACAAUCGGAGCCGAGUUUUUUGAAUUUCGUGCGUUGAGAUUUGGAUGCAACCAAACUGCUGGCAUUCUGUUUGUUAUUUUGAAUGCCAAAUCUCGCAAAAGUGCAUUGAUUCAAAAGUAUGACGUUGCAACCAAAAAACUGGUUUCCACAACACCUGUAUCUAUCAAGCCCAUCACAACAUUUGCAAUGAGCAUAGAUGGGUCCAUUUUGGCUUUUGGAUCGUCCGACUUGAGCAUCACUGUCAUGAAAGCCAAAUCCCUUCAUAGAAUUGCUCGGGUUCAAAAUGCACAUGGAUUUCCACCCACAUCCAUCGAUAUUAAUUCCAACAAUACUCUUGUUGCAAGCGCAUCGGCAGACGGUACAUGCGUGCUAACUGAAAUCUGUCAAAGAUCACAACCAAAAAGCACUGGAUGGUCCAUGGUGCUUAUGUUUAUCGCCAUAGCCUUGCUGGUAUUAGGAGUGGCAGCACUAUGGAUAGAUGGAAACUAUGAUCAAGAUCUAUAGUAGAUGUAUGCGCAUGAGUUGGUGGCCUUGUUUUUAUGAUAGAUAAAAACCAAUGGUUACUGAUAGCCUUGUAUUUGUCCAUGUAGUAUGCUGUUUCCAUUCUUUUAACCUAAUGGAAACAAAUGAGUAAGCAUCUACUCCCCACUUUUUGAUGUCGCAGUAUUUGAUGCUUUUCAACUCGUCCUCAGUUUAGCCAGACUGUAUACUCAUUCCCACCUUUAAACAGUUGCAGUUUCAAAGUCUAAAAAAGUGUAGUUUUUGAAAAUAAAAGAUUCAAUUCUGUUC